UCAUUCAAUUCUCGACGGCAGUUCCUAUCGGGUGUUUUCGGUGCAGAAUAUUGAUCAUAACGAUGAAGCUUUGGGUUACGGUUGUUUGUGCAUUAGCCUUCCUCGGCGGAGGAGCCUUCACGAUGUACGCUUCGAUAUCCAUCGGAUCGGAAGGUCUACAGGCAAUGGCCUUGAGCCUGAAAAGCAUUGAACCCGUUUCAACCGCCUACUACAAAAACCUCAACAACGCCCGCAAUAAAGUGAUGCCAAAGAUCGACAACCUUAUAGAGCAUGUUAACUCCACCUAUGCGGUGAUGAACGAUUCCUACGGUGCCACUCAACCGAACAUGAUGAGCGUGUUGAACAAUUUGGAUAUGUUCACGAGGCAGUUCUACUACGGCGAACAGCAGGUGAUCUCUACUAUUGGAAACGACUUGUCCCGUCUGCAGUACGAACUACAGCAAACCAUGGACCAGAUAAUGCAGAGCUACAACAAUCUGCUCAAUGGCUUUUCCUAUCAACAAAAUGCCGAAUCCUGCUCGACACAGUUCGCCACAGUGGCCACUAGUUUUCCCAACCAGUUGACCAAGUUCGGCACAUGUCUGCAAACGGAAGUGGACACCGUGCCAACCGUGGCCACUGCUCUGGUGGAAAUAUUUAAUUUGAUCAAGAGUGAUUUUACUUCCUUGACAAAGCAGCUGAAAAUCUGUGCUGCCACUUCUUCUAAUUGCAUCAAUGAGUACUUCAAUGGCAUAUACAUGGAACUCGACCGGAUCAACAUGGAGCUGUCCAUGGCAACCAGUCUGAUCCACAACUAUCAAUACGACGCUAUGGAACGCAAUCAGUUCUGUGGAGAGUUGAUCAAGUACAACGCCCAGGACAUAUCGCAGAACAUGAUUUCCCAGUUCAGUUCGUGCAUCUACCCACCGAUGAUGUGAAACAAUUCGUAUUGAUGAGCAUUAGUAGUAUAAGAAUAAGAAAAAGUGAUUUGCUGAUGUUUGCACCAUUAUACAGAUUGAUAAGACGUAACUAAUUCAACCUGCCAUCAUUGGUUACUCCACCGGGGCCAUACUUGUCAUAUCUUGUACCAUCUACACUCUUGGACAGUGCCAAUAAUAUAUUCAACAUAAUAAUUGUCACCCCAUAAGCAUACAGAGGAAAAAGUUUUGAGAGAACUUCAAGUAAAACCAGUAGGGUAAUCAAUAUAAUUUGGACCCCCUGAGCCAUUUUACAUCAAAUUCCAUGUUUAAGUAAAAAGACUCCAUCAAUUCGCAAGUCAAUUGGAAAGAUAGGACUGUUUAAUACUUGCAUCAAUUCUUUUUUUCAUAUAAAAUGUCUUUAUUUUCA